GGGAAACAGAAAAAGAGCAAGAAACGAAAGCCAACGUCUCUUCAGUUAUUUUCAGCAGGUUUUUACAACCUUUUAUAUGAGUUUAAUAGCUUUCUAGAUUUUCAUAUUAUAUGAAGAACGUGCUUAAGUGCUUAACGUUAUUUCGCCUCUAGCGCCAUGUCAAAAAGAAAAGUGACAUUUGAGGAUGGUAACGGAGAGUUUGACCUAGAAGACGAGGGCCUCAGUAAAAAGAAGAGCUGUGAGGCUGUCAGUGGACCAGGGUCCAGGUUCAAGGGUAAACAUUCCCUUGACAGUGAUGAAGAGGAUGAAGGGGAGGACAAAAACAGCAACAAAUAUAAUAUUCUAGCCAGUGAUGAUGUGGAAGGCCAAGAAGGAGCAACAAUUGAUUUUGACGAAGGAGUGUCUAUUACCCCUUUCAACCUGGAAGAGGAGAUGCAAGAAGGACACUUUGACUCAGAGGGGAACUAUUUCAUUAAAAAGGAAAAAGAAAUCAGGGACAACUGGCUUGACAACAUAGACUGGGUGAGAAUAAAAGAAAAGCCUGUUAAAAAAAAGAAGAAAGGUCUUGGAGCCAAACGGACACGCAGAACUGGUGAUGAGGACGAGGCUGAGGAGGAAAAACGGAGAGAAGAACAGCAAGCAGAAGAAGAUGAAGAGGAGGAGGAGGAGGAGGUUGAGCCUGCAGAAGACCCCCUAGCAUCCUACACCCAGCACCAGCUCACCGAAGCUGUGAUUGAAUUAAUGCAACCCGGAGAAACAGUUGCUGCAGCGCUCCGGCGGUUAGGAGGUCUUGGGGGACAAAAGAGGGGAAAGCUGAAAGAAGAGAGUGAACCCACAGAAGAAACCAAAAGAGAUACAGAAAAGCUAGACAGGCUCACAGCGUUAGCUGACAGACUGGUUGGAUCUGGGAUGUUUGAAAUCUAUCAACAGACCUAUGAAAAAUUAGUGUAUCAGAUGAAGAGCAUGACCAACAAGCGGCCAGCGGUGCAGCAGACAACUGGUGAUGAUGACGACGAAGAAGAAGAGCUCGACAUGUUCGCUGAUAAAUUUGAUGAGAAGAUUGACGAUAAGUCAGCGGACAACAAUGAAGAGGGGACGAGAGUGAGUGAUGAUGUGAUGUGGGAGUACAAAUGGGAAAAUAAGGAUAAUUCAGAGAUCUAUGGCCCCUUUACCAGUCAACAGAUGCAGGGCUGGGUGGAUGAGGGCUAUUUUAACGACGGUGUCUACUGUAGAAGGGUAAACCAGGAGGGAUCGCAGUUCUACAACUCCAAAAGAAUAGACUUUGAGCUCUACACCUGACAUUAUUUCAACAGUGAAUGAAUCAUACACAAUCGUAAUAACCAUUCAUCAUUUGUGUUUUACUUAAAAUAUUCUCUCAGUCUUUACUGUUAGGGUUUUGGAAAUAGAUUGUUUGAAUAAUGCCUUUGUUUCCUGCACAUUGUUUUUAAAUAAAUGGUUUGUGGGAUGCUGUUAUGUGACUGUGUGCUGAGAACUAAAUCAGUCCCCAACCCCUUAAAUCAUAGCAUUUUUUUCUGUGAAGUCAAUGUUUCCAACUAUACAUUAUAUUAACGUUCUAAAAUUUGGAAGGUCAUUGAGGGUUAGGGUUAGUAACUCCUUUGUUAAUCUUAAUUACUCUUGGGGGGUAAUUAACAGUUAAUUUUGUCAAAUGACAGAAGUAACAGGAUUAUUGUCAACAAUCUUAUCCAGGUAAUUCUGUGGUAAGGGUGGUGGGGAGAAAAUUAAAUAUUUUUUAUUGAACUCCAACUGAAAUUUACUCAAUCAUAAACUGCAUAAACAAUAAAGCAAU